AAAAUUAGGAAAAAAAAACUGUAAAAGCUAAUGGUACACUAACAAACAACGUCAGUUUACAAAAUCAAAUUUCAAAAGGAUCAAAGAUUUCAAUAAUUUCCUCAAUAGAUCCCUCAAAUUUCGAUCCCCAAGACUUGCUGAUGCAGAGGAUAAUAUCAAUUACAUGGGAUUAUUUGAAUCAUAUAACACACAAUUAUCUUAGCAGUUAUUCAACACCAAUAUGGGCAACUAUAGUUAGCUGGAUUAUUCGUAAUCCUUACUCUUACACUUUCUAUGUAUCUCCUCUUCGAACACCUUUCUGUUUACAAAAAUCCCGAGGAACAAAAGUUUUUGAUUGGAGUGAUAUUGAUGGUGCCUUGUUAUGCUAUUGAAUCAUUUGUGUCAUUGGUAAAUCCAGCGAUUACUGUUGAAAUCGGGAUACUACGUGAUUGCUAUGAAUCCUUUGCCAUGUACUGCUUUAGGAGGUAUCUUGUUGCGUGUUUAGGUAUGGAUAUUUUCUGUGUUAAGUUUGAUUACUUGGUCACUUCCAUCUAAUGUAAGAUUCAGGAAAGUAAUCCAACUAGCCGUCCUGCCUAAAGAAAGAAUUUUUGUCCUUGUUUUGCAACUUGAGGAGAUCUGAUAGCUGUGAAUUGUACUUCUCCUAUUCAUCAGUAGAUUUCUUCUUAUACACACACAUGCUCACGUGUUUCUUAUUGGUAUGACAACUGAAGUUUGACUGCCUAAUAUAAAGAGCUGGUCUGCUUAUUUGUUAAGUGGUAUUCCAAAGUGCCCUGCACUGUAAAAAUGCUAACUAAAGUUUGCAAAGCUUAAAUUGGUCCCGGUUUGAUUUUACUAGUCACUUACGCCACUGGUCACCAGAAAAAUGUCUCCAAAAUCUCUUAUAUGAACUCAU